CUUCUGCAGGUGUGGAAAGAUGGCCCACACCCGGAUCUCUAUGUACCAGCCCCCCGACAUCAACCCCGCCCAGGCUGCCAUUGCCUAUGGCUGCCGGGCCCUGCCCAAGCUGAAUGAGGAGCUGCAGUCGGAGGACCUGCUGACGAGGCAGAAAGCCCUCAUGGCUCUGUGUGACCUUAUGCAUGACCCCGAACAUAUCUAUGUGGCCAUCAAAACAGGCUGCCUGGAGAGUCUGAGAGCUUUGCUGAAGGACUCCAACCACCUGGUGCGGAUCAAGGCCACGGAGGUGCUGUCCAUCAUGGCGGCCCACAACGUGGGCAGAGAAGGCUUUUUGGAGCAUGACAUCAUCGCCGCGCUGUCCUUCUUGCUAAACGACAGCCAGACCGCCUGCCGGGUGAACACGCACUUGGCAUUCAAGCACCUGGCCCAGCUGCCUUCAGGGGCCCUGGGCAUUGUCAACAGCGGCCUGAUCCCCUCACUGGUGUGGCAGCUGCACACAGAGCAUGAAAAGGUCCAGGAGAUCCUCCUGGGCACGCUGGCGGCCUGCCUGCUGGAGGACGCCAAUGAGGCGCUGGCCAGCCGCGCGGUGCCCUUCCUGAAGGAGAUGCUGCUCAGUAAAAAUGACAACAUCCGCACCAGAGCCGCCUCCACGCUCACUGCAGUCAGCAUCCCUCUGGAGGGCAAGAAACAGGUGUGUCAAUAUGACGUCAUCCCCAUCCUGGUGCACCUGCUGAAAGACCCGGUGGAGGAAGUGCAGGCCAAUGCGGCUGGGGCCCUCAUGUACGCCACGGUGACCACUGAAGGGAAGUACGCGGCCCUGGAUGCAGAAGCCAUCCUCCCGCUCCUGAACCUGCUGAGCUCAAGCCUGAUAAAGGCCCGCCUGAACGCCAUCAAGGCCCUCACCAUGCUGGCGGAGGCCCCCGAGGGCCGCAAGUUCCUGCAGGCCCAAGUGCCCAUCUUCCGUGCCCUGGAGAUGGACCCCAGCGCGGCUGUGCAGCGGGCGGCCCAGGUGGCCAUCAAAGUCAUUGAGUGGAAACCCUGA